AAUCCAUCCCAUUCUAUGACGUACACACCGCAGGUUAAAACGGCGUACUGCCCUCCGCUUGCUCUGACUGAGGAAGGUAUCCGGCUCUCCGGCCUCAGCCCUUCACGGCACCGUUCUGGAGGCUACAUCAUGGCCACGCUGAGAACGCUGCGGAAGCUUUGCCAACAUACUCACCAUCAAGCAUGUAGCCUUCAUUUAUCGGCGUCAAGACAAGAGGCUGUGGUUAUCUCAGGCAGGAAGCUGGCCCGUCAGAUCCGUGAUGAGGCACGUGCUGAUGUGGAGGAGUGGGUCUCUGCUGGUAACCGACGACCCCACCUGAGUGUGGUGCUAGUGGGUGACAACCCAGCCAGCCAUUCCUAUGUGCUGAACAAGACUCGUGCUGCUGCUGAUGUGGGUAUCAGUAGUGAGACUAUACUGAAACCGUCUUCCAUUUCUGAAGAAGAGCUGCUGGAGCUGAUUGACAAACUCAACACUGAUCACAGAGUAGAUGGCCUUCUGGUCCAGCUGCCUUUACCUGAGCACAUUGACGAGCGCCGCAUAUGUAAUGCAGUCUGCCCAGAUAAAGAUGUUGAUGGCUUCCAUGUGGUCAAUGUUGGCCGUAUGUGCUUGGACCAGUCCACUAUGUUGCCUGCCACACCAUGGGGAGUGUGGGAGAUUAUUAAGCGUACAGGCAUUCCCACGCUGGGUAAGAACGUAUUGGUAGCUGGUCGUUCUAAGAAUGUGGGUAUGCCCAUUGCUAUGCUGCUACACACAGAUGGAAGGCAUGAAAGGCCCGGAGGUGAUGCCACAGUAACCAUCUCCCACCGUUACACUCCUAAGGAGCAACUUCGCCAGCACACAAAAAUAGCUGACAUCAUUGUUGCGGCUGCAGGUAUUCCUAACCUCAUCACUGCAGAUAUGAUAAAGGAAGGUGCAGCAGUUAUUGAUGUAGGCAUCAACAGAAUACAAGACCCACUGACUGGAAAAAACAAACUUGUUGGUGAUGUGGACUUUGAAGGUGUGCGAAAGAAGGCCAGCUAUAUCACUCCAGUCCCAGGAGGCGUUGGACCCAUGACUGUUGCCAUGUUAAUGAAAAACACUAUUAAGGCAGCGAAAAACCUUCUUUUGACCCCUCCAGAGAGGGUGCGCAUGGUAGCAUCCUCUUAAUGCUCUUGGCCACCCUCCCCCUGCAUUUCACAUUCCAUACUCCCAUUUACUUUGGGAGGACCUCCCAGAUGGGAAUGCAAUAGCUUUAAGUCCUAUUUUUGGAUACCACACUCUUUGUAGUUCACAGCUCCACAUAGAUCAGCUCAGUUCUACAAAGUGAAUGUUUUGGAAAUACUAAAGUUUUGGCAAAGUGAAUGUGUUAGUUUUCUGCAUUCACACAUCUCAAACUAAAAAUGACAAGCUUUGUGUAAUGUAUCUAGAUAAUAUGCCUCAACAGUUCUGCUUAUUUAACAAAGAUUGAUAAGUUUUGAUUUUACAGCUUCUUAUUUAUGCUUUGUUAGACUCUUUGAUAGGACGCAGUUGCUCAUUCCUUUGAAAUGCAAGCAUAUUUAUUUAUUUUCAGAGUAAAUGUAACAUUGUUUUGAUGUGCACAGAGAGAUUCACAUUUAUAUUAGAAAUUCAAUUGUUCUUUUAUACAUAUAUGUACAUGACUGUUUUUUUUCUUUUAUUAGCUCAUCUAAUGUACAUAUGUUGAAUAAAUUUACACAGAUGGGGCAAAGAAGGUGGCCAUGACAUGUUUCAGUCAGCAAGGCAGAUCUCAGUGACCUCAAUGACCUCUCGCUGAGACAUCUGCUUUUUUCAGAGGGGCUCACAUCAUUGUGGCUUAAUAGAGUUUAUUCAAUGGUAAAUAAUAUGGUGUUUUUGUAAAUUAACCGAUUCGUUAUCUUGAUAGUUUUAGGAGUGUAGCAAGGAGGGGUGAUCCUGGAGCAGUGGUUUAAGGGAGAGAGUGGAAACAAAGAGAAACACUAUUUGCUACAUUAAGAAACACCCAGAUAUGACAGGUCAGAUUUCUAUAUGGAAAAAAGCUUUAAGUUUACAUUGCAAAUGCUUUUGUACAUGUAGUUCAAAUAAAUAACAGUAUUCAACUCAAA